GAACUCCAAGUUAUUACGAUGACAGAAAAUUUAGUUACGCACUCUGGAAGCUGUCAUUGCGGUGCUGUGAAGUUUGAAGUAUUAGCCGAAAAAGUUCUUCAUGUCUACGAUUGCAAUUGCAGUAUUUGUAAGAAGAAACAGAAUAAACAUUUUGUUGUACCGAAAUCAAGAUUUAAGCUGUUACAGGGUGCUGACAAUAUAACAACAUACACCUUCAAUUCACACAAAGCUCAGCAUACAUUCUGUAAGACAUGUGGUGUCCAAAGUUUUUAUACACCAAGAUCUAAUCCAGAUGGUUAUGGUAUAGCACCACACUGUAUUGACUCUAACACUAUAGAAAGAAUAGAGGAAGAAAGAUUUGAUGGACAGAACUGGGAACAACACAUUGAGAAGUCUGACAUUAGACAGAGAUCUAAGGAAUAACUUUAAUUGUCCAUAUAGUCAUAUUGUAACUACUCUAUUUGUCGGAAGCUGUAUAUAACUUGCGUCAGAUUGGUGAUCAUGAUAUGUAAAACCAGUUGAAACAAUAUAAAAUGCCAAAGUCAUACAAUGUAAAUGAAUAUUUCAUAAAUAGAUAUUAAUAAGAAGAUUGAUUGAUUGACUGGUGUUUAACGCCACUUUCAACAAUGUUGUGCUAUUUCGUGGCGGUCAGUUUUUAUUGGCGGAGGAAGCCGGAGUGCCCGGAGAGAACCACCGACCUCCUGUAGGAAAAUUAAUAAGAAGAAGAUUUCAAGCUUAUUGCAUAACAGGACCGUAAAUAGCAGAGUUCAUUGAACGAUAUAAAAAACGAUUCAAAUCCAAAGCAACUGACAGGUGUGCGGAUACGACUAGAAAAUAUUUCAGGAGUACAAUUUCAAACAUAAAAAACACCUUUAAUUACCAUAUGAAAUUAUACAAGUACAGUUAAAAUUGUCAAAAUAGUUAUAUCAAUUCACUGCUGACCACUGACUUCAUACUGUAAAUCUACUAUCUCAUUUUAAGAGAUGGUUUUACAAAUAUAAUAUUUUGAUCCUGAUGAAAUCAUUAGUACCAAUGAAUAUUUUUUUUUUAAUUUUUGAAGAGUUGAAAAGAUUUAGUGUCUAUAAAUAUAAUGGUGGAUAAACAUUUAUCAUGAUAUUUGUGUCAGGUUAUUCAGUUCAUUAGGAGUAUAAGAUAACACAGCAUAUAUGUAUAUGUUGGAUACAAAAUAUAGUUUGAUUUUUUAAAUGAUUAAUAAAUUGAUUGUUGUUUGCUAACGUC